AUGCCAAUCAACUGCCUCAACCUGGCUGCAGUCAAGGCAAACCCACAACCGUGGUUUCUCGCAAACAACAUGGACUACCAAGUCAUGAGAUUGGUCCGAGAGGGCCAUAGUGCGGGAAAAGAUUUGGUCGGCCACGACGCCGACCUCACGAACAGCGAGACGUUCCAGCUUCUCGCCAAGGCCGGCGCUUUUUCGAUGCCUCAUGUGGAUCGCCACGGUGUGAUGACCGUCGUGCACGUGGAAGAAGGUUUCAAGGACUGGCUGAUAUUUCCACCUCUGAGUGAGGAGGAACAGGCCGAGUUCGCCCGUGGGGAGAACUAUUGUCCCAACUAUCGACCGAUGAAUCUACGACUCCGGCCAGGAGACACGCUCAUUCUACCACCCAGUCGAUUGCAUGCUGUAUUCUCCCCGACGGACGUCCUCAUGACUGGAAACAUGUUCUGGGACUCUCGAGAGGUAUUGCGGAUCCUCAAGCAGUCCAACCUAGAAAGAUUGAACCCAGAGUUGAGCAACGAAGACCCGGCCCAAGAGUUCCCGGUCAAGAUGAAGGCAAUACUCGACCUGUGGGAGCGGCAAUGUGGCCCUUGGACCUGGGGUAGUCGUCAAGAAUUGGAAGCUGCACGAGGGGUUUUCCAAGUGAGUUGCUAUACAAUCUAG